CGAGACCGAGCACCAACUCUGCCACUGCCACCAUGUCGGCACAAGAAGCCAUGAAGCUCGCCAAGCUCGAGAAGAAGCGCAAGGCCAUGAUGGACGAGUUCGCGGCCCAGAGGGAGGACCUCGCCGCUCAGCGCAACCGUACCGGCUCGGACCGCUUCACCGUCAAGACCGACGGCGUCGAGGAGACGCUCAAGCACAAGACGUACGGCCUCGUCCAGCUGUCCGACUUCAAGGAGACGCGCCAGCAGCUCGAGGAGCAGGCCCGGCAGGAGGCGGCAGGGACGGCCGAGGUCAAGGACGAGGAGCGCAAGGUCAAGAAGAAGAAGAAGGAGAAGGGCAAGGUCAAGCUCUCGUUCGCCGGCGACGACGGCGAUGAGGAGGAGGAACAGUCCUUCAAGCCCAAGAGCAAGACUUUUGUCGAGGACGACACGGCCUCGGCCGCCAAGCGCGCCAAGCUCGGCAAGAACCCUUCCGUCGACACGCACUUCCUCCCCGACCGCAACCGCGAGGAGAUUGAGCGGCUCGAGCGCGACGAGCUGCGGAAAAAGUGGCUCAAGAUGCAGGAGGACAUGAAGCAGGAGGAGAUCGAGAUCACCUACUCGUACUGGGACGGCAGCGGGCACCGCAAGGUCGUCGUGUGCAAGAAGGGCGACAGCAUCGCUCAGUUCCUCGACAAGUGCCGAGCACAGUUCCCCGAGCUGCGCGCCAUCUCGGUCGACAACCUCAUGUACAUCAAGGAGGACCUCAUCAUCCCUCACCACUACACCUUCUACGACUUCAUCAUCAACAAAUAUCGAGGCAAGUCGGGCCCCAUGUUCAACUUUGACGUGCACGACGACGUUCGCCUCACGCACGACGCCAAGAUCGAGAAGGACGAGUCGCACGCCGGCAAGGUCAUCGAGCGCAGUUGGUACAACCGGAACAAGCACAUCUUUCCCGCGUCUCGGUGGGAGCUCUUCAACCCCGAGGUCAUCCGCGAGAAGUACACGAUCCACGGCAAGUGAGGCAGGGCGUGGAGCGAGCGGUCGGCGAGGAGGGGAGCGAGGGAGCGAGAGGACGGCAUGCUCGCCCGCGGUAGAUUGGGCUCGAGUGCCUCUGUUGUAACACGUCUAUGCAUCAGA